AUGUCGAUGCGUUUGACUUCUCCAUCGGGAGAAUUUUCUGAAUGGGCGGAAGGCCCAGGAGAAGCCUACAUGAAGCACAAUGUGACUGAAGACGGGGAUUACGAAAUUUGCGUGAAUGCUCCUCGUCCAGUUAAAGUCAAUCUGAAUAUUUUCUUCCACAACCCAGAAAAAAUGGAAAAAUCACUGGAUCGAUACCUGAAGGCUCAUGAGCUCAAGGGAAACGUGAGGGUAAGUUCAUUUAGCACAUUUAUUAUCUAUAUCAUUUUUUUUCUACUAUCUUACUUCUUACAAAAACAUUCAGAACGCUAUCACAUCAAUAACGGAACGGCUCUACAGUACUCUCUACUCUAUCAAAUUUUACAACAAAGUAAUCAAUCUUUCUGA